AUGGACGUGUUCGAUGCCAACAAUGACGAAGAUGUUGUUGCUCUGUUGCCUUGCCAGGAGGCUGCCCUUGCCAGCAUCAAGCGCCAGGCAAACGCUCUUGAACCAGACGCAACGGAGACUAUUGCUCAAAUAAUGCGCAUGUCCAACAUCGAGUCCUCCAAGCUGCAUACAGCAAAAGAAGCAAUUCGUAAACAUGCCCGUAUUGCUUUGCAUUUCCACCCAGACCGACCCGCCGGCGAAGGCACCGUGGCAACAUCACUCCUCCACGAUGGUGUCUAUCGCAAUCAAUUUGAGACGGGAAUAUCCAAUGGACUUGUUGCUGCAUUCCGAGGAAGCCUCCGCGACAACUGGGAAAAUAAUCUCUUUGAGAAUGCAUAUGGCGACCACGCUGUCAGUUUGUGCCAUCGGCCCAAAUAUGGAGCGUUGGACUUGACCAACUUUGAGGACGGGCCUGCGGCACGAUUUGGAUCUUGCUACUUUCUUCUCAAACCAGCCGUUGCAACAAGGUCCACAUUCACAUUUGGAGGUUCGCAGGCAGCCCCCAAGUAUCGAGCAACAGCAGACCAGUUCGAGCCCAUCCUUGCGGCUCUGCUCGAAGAAACAUUUACGAGGGACUUCAUGCUCGGCAUAUCUGGCAUCCGUCCGGCCCAAGCUGUGCAGCAUUUAUGCCAGCUUCCAAAGUUUAAAGACGAUGGCCCGAGGACACUAAGCCGCAACCUUGACCAUAUGAUCGAAGCUCAAAUUCACGGGGACGUUCUUCUUGGCCGUGAUGUUGACACAUUAGUUAUAGAUGGGGCUUUUAGGGGCACAGCGAUUGGACAUUGUCUAGAACAAAUUGGGCAUCAAUACCGUUUCCCGGUCCGGUACCGUCAGAGUUUCCAGUUAGAUGUGAGGGAUGUGCCGUUAGACUUCAGAGGGCCAUCAAUGCCUUUGCUUGCCAAGCGCAUUAGUCAGAACAGCAUUGUAACCACGGCCACACUUGGAGAAGGCGCACAAGAUCUGAGAAAACAUCCAGAGGCGUGGACAGAUCGGGGUACAUAUGCUGAGGUUCUCCAAGAGUUCAAGCUUCUUUGGCACAUUCUGGUGCGAUACGGUUGA